UCAGUAUUGAAGUGACUUUGAAACGGUGUGGACCGGAAAAAAAAACAACUAAAUAGAUUUUUGCUAACUGUCACUAAGAAACGAGCAAUCGAUUUGCUGACGAUUUGCGGACACGUAAGCGGUCCUAAUUAAACGAGAUAAUAGUAAAAUCUAUUAAAGUUUUUGUAAAUUUUUUAUGUAAAAAAAAUAAAAUGGCGCGCGAUCAAUUGAAUUCAAGCAUGCGUUGCGCAAAAUUUAUGCUGAUCAUUGUCAGCUUCAUGUUUGCGCUUACUGCAAUUUUGCUUGUCAUGGUCGGCACUACCAUUCAGGCGAUCUUUGGUGACUUCAAUCAAUUCCUCGAUGCGCACUUUUCUUCUCCGCCAGCGCUACUCAUAGCGAUCGGCUUCAUUUUAUUGCUCGUGGCUGCGCUCGGUGCCUAUGGUGCGGUCAAGGAGAGCGUUAUGCUAAUCAAUUUGUAUGGCUUUUGCUUAUUCCUGGUAUUCAUCCUCGAGGUGGCCGCAGCCAUUGCCGCUUUUGUGAUGCAAACUCAAGUGCGUGAAAUGUUGGUGCGCACGAUGAACGAGUCCAUACAGGCAUAUGAUGACAAUGUCUAUGUGCAGGAUGGUGUCGACUUUAUGCAGGGCACUCUUGGUUGCUGCGGCGUAAACAGCCCCGUGGACUGGAAGCGUCAGAAUGACAGCAGCGUGGAUAAUAACAUUGAAUUGCCAUCAUCAUGCUGUGCUGAAUUCUCUUUCGAUGAUAUCAACUACUGUGUCCAGCCCUACGAAAGCGGAUGCUUGUCACGCAUGGAUUUCAUCAUUUCACAGAGCACCAUGUUGAUUGCCACUGGCGCCACCACUGUGGCAUUUGUGCAGAUUCUUGGCGUUCUUUGCGCCUUUAUGCUCGCAAAAACUUUACGCCGCAACAAGUCCAUACGCGCCGCACGUCGCUGGCAGUUACAACAAAGUCUGGGCGUACUUAUUUCUGGUGGAAAAGUGGCGCCACCGACCAACUCACCAAUCAAUGGUUAUACACAAUUGGAGCGCGCGGAACGUUACAUGGAACAGGAUCCCAUUACGUAUACGCCAAGUAGUCCCAGCGUGAAUUAAGUGCUUGAAAGCGGUAGAGAGGCGCAAUAAAUGCCAACCAACAGCAAGAAUGGCAUACAACACCUAGUAUAUCAACACUUAAGUGCCUAAAUGGAAAUUUCUAUUUGUAUUUUGUCUCAUUGUUGUUGUCUUUUAAUAUUUUUUGUUUAUUCGUUUCUAACUUUCUUCUAUACAAACAAGUAAAGUACGCAUGCCUAGUAAUAUUGAAACUUUGAAGCUUUAUAUUGACAGUAUAUACAUACGUACACUUUUUGCAUCCAUACGUGCAGAUGUGCGAAUACGAGUUAUUAUGUACAUAAUCAUACAAAUAUACUUUUAACUGUAUUAGCAAGUAAAUUGUGUCAAAUCAUAUAUCAAAUAAAGUUUUACUCAAGUGACAAGAAA